AUGUGGACCCUCUGUGGUAACGUAUAUGACAAAAGCGGACGAGAGGAAAAGGCGGUCCUGAUGAGCUCCACUAGUUAUGAAGAAGCUUCCGGAGAGUUCACUAUCCCCUCACAGAUGGAGCUUCAAGUGAUAUGUUUUUCCGUUGACUCUUCCUACGAUGUGUGUGAUCCUUCAGAAUGUUCUGCAUCAACGCAUUCCAAGCGGAUUCGCAAACGACAUUUGGAUUCAUUUCGUUAUGAACAGGACAUCCGGUUAUCAACAUCAGUAAAAGAAAACAAAAGGCGAGGAUUCGGGAAGUUCGAGCGGGGUGAAAGACGGGAGGAUAAAUAG